AUGGAAGCAGAAAAUGCAAUUGCAGAAAUAAUUGACUCCUUAGUGGCACAAGAUGUGCUGGUACAGAUGGAGAGUAUUACCAACGCCCCCAUCUGGCCUGUCAAAAAGAAGGAUGGCACUUACCGUUUGGUAAUUGAUUUCCGCUUCCUUAACGAGGCGACGCCAUGUACGGCGAAUAUUGUAGUGAGCUAUCCAGAAGUCAUUGCCGCUAUAGCAGAGGGAGCUAAAUGGAUGUUGACAAAGAAAGAAAAUAUUAUACAGAAUAGCACAGCACUGACUGAAUUCAUCCUUCUUGGUCUUUCUGAUGAGCCCAAUUUGCAAAGCAUAUUGUUUUCUACUUUUCUGGUGGUCUACAUCAUCAUCCUGGCAGGAAAUCUCAUCAUUAUUCUCCUCACGUUCAUUGAUCCUGCACUACAAACACCCAUGAUGUUGACAAAGGAAGAAAAUAUUCUACAGAAUAGUUCAGCACUGUCUGGAUUCAUCCUUCUUGGGCUUUCUGAUGAGCCCAACCUGCAAAGCAUAUUGUUUUCUACUUUUCUAGUGAUCUACAUCAUCAUCCUGGCAGGAAAUCUCAUCAUCAUUCUCCUCACGUUGGUUGAUCCUGCACUACAAACACCCAUGUAUUUCUUCCUGAGAAACCUGUCCUUCCUGGAGAUCUGUUACACAUCCGUAAAUGUCCCCAAGAUGCUUGAGAAUCUUCUGUCUGGGAACAAGUCCAUCUCCUUCCUAGGAUGUGCUCUAGAGACCUAUUUCACAUUCUUUCUUGGUGGUUCUGAAUGUUUUCUCCUGGCUUCAAUGUCGUACGAUCGCUAUGUUGCCAUUUGUAAGCCUCUGCACUACCCUGUCCUCAUGAACAGGAAAGUGUGCAUGGGUCUAGCUGUGGCACCUUGGUUAAGUGGAUUUUUUAUGUCCUCUGGUCUCACCAGUAUGGUGUUCACCAUGUCCUUUUGUGGUUCCAAUGAGAUCAAUCACUUCUUUUGUGACAUCCCCCCAUUACUGAAAUUGGCUUGUGGGGACACUUCCAGGACCGAAAUGGCUGUAUUUCUAGUGGCUAUGAUAUUUAUAUCUUUUCCAUUCCUCCCAAUCUUACUGUCAUAUGCUGGUAUCAUUGCCACGAUUCUGGGAAUGUCUUCUGCUGAAGGGAGUGUCUUCUACAAACAUCCUACAGACUUGAAUUGCACAUACAUAGCAAAUUUCUCCGAUCUUCUUGUUCGUUUAUUGCCACAGGAUGCACCAGUGUCUACAUCUAAAGGAAAUAGACAUCGAGAUUCUGUGCUGACGAUAAUCAUGUUGGCUAGAGUUGAAAGAAGUGAUGAACUUAUCUCUGAAAUACUUUUCAUUAUGAGAUUCUUAAUUGCAAGUUUUAGUGAUGAAUAG